AGAAAGUCUGAGGCUUUUUCUAGCAACUCUAUCGCCAUGGAACGGAUCUUAUCCGAGCUUCGCUCCCACAUCACAAAGGUAUUGGCUGGAGGUGGAGAGGAGGCGGUGAAGAGGAACAGAAGUAGAAACAAGCUUUUGCCUAGAGAAAGGAUUGAUAAGCUUCUUGAUCCUGGUUCUUCUUUCUUGGAGCUCUCUCAGCUUGCAGGACAUGAACUGUACGAGGAACCAUUACCUUCAGGUGGAAUCAUCACAGGGAUAGGACCAAUCCAUGGCCAUCUUUGUAUGUUCAUGGCAAACGAUCCCACAGUAAAAGGAGGGACUUACUAUCCCAUAACCAUCAAGAAACAUCUCAGGGCACAAGAGAUUGCUGCUCGGUGCAGACUCCCUUGCAUAUACCUAGUUGACAGCGGAGGCGCUUACCUUCCGAAACAGGCAGAGGUUUUCCCUGACAAG